AAAAAAUCUCCUAGAGGCUUUUAAAAUAAUAAAAAUAUCAUCAUUACCUUAUAAAAACCAAACCAAACAACAACAAAAAUCUCCAACUGUGAUAACUCAUAAAAAUACCUCUCCACACUUUUUCACCCCACCAACUCCCCUUACUAAACAACAACAACAACACACCAACAACCUUAUCUCUCAACUAUUGUGAUGCUUUAAAAGCAAAAAAAAAAUAUAUUGAAAAAAUCAAAUCAAAAUUUUACCCUUCAACUUUAAGUACAACAAAUAAAUAUAGCUUAUAAUUAAAAAACAAAUUAAUUUAUCUAUUAAAAUAAAACAAAAAAACUGCAACAAAAUGAUGCUAAAUAAAAAUUCACCCGGCUCUCAGUCAUUGCCUCGUGUUCAUUCGUUUUUCAAUAUGAUACCCACCAUAUUGGAAACAGAAUUGGCCAUGACAGUCAUGGAGGAUCGUGAUAGUAUGUUUUCAAUAAAAUCUAAAAGCCAUGGCGAGGAUCUCAUUGUGACACCAUUUGCCCAAAUUUUAGCCAGUUUACGUUCUGUACGCAAUAAUUUAUUAAGUCUGACAAAUGUUCCAGCAACCAACAAAUCUAGGCGACCAACACAAACUUCAAUGGGACGUUCCUCAACGGCGGGCAUACAAUUGAAUCAGGGCGAUGAGGCAUACACUAGAUUGGCCACCGAUACAAUAGAAGAAUUAGACUGGUGUUUAGAUCAGCUGGAAACAAUACAAACACAUCGCAGUGUAUCCGAUAUGGCUUCACUAAAGUUCAAACGCAUGCUUAAUAAGGAAUUAUCUCACUUCAGUGAAUCAAGUAGAUCGGGAAAUCAAAUUUCAGAAUACAUUUGUUCAACAUUUUUGGAUAAACAACAAGAAUUUGACUUGCCCUCGAUGCGUUUCGAAGAGAAUACCGAUCCAAAUGUACCGGUACCACAAUUAACACAACAUCAACAGCAACUACAACAACGCAGUCGUUCACCCAGAGGUCCACCCAUGUCCCAAAUAUCUGGAGUUAAACGUCCACUUUCACAUACAAACUCAUUUACAGGCGAACGUUUACCCACAUAUGGUGUAGAGACAUCACAUGAGGCCGCAUUGGGUCAACAUUUGGCUGAAUUGGAUACCUGGGGUAUUGAUAUAUUUAAAAUAGGCGAUUUAAGCAACAAUCGCCCACUCACCUGUGUAGCAUACACAAUAUUUCAGAGUAGAGAAUUAUUGACCAGUCUUAUGAUACCACCGAAAAAUUUUCUUAAUUUUAUGACUACUCUGGAGGACCAUUAUGUUAAAGACAAUCCGUUUCACAAUUCACUACAUGCGGCUGAUGUAACACAAAGUACUAAUGUUUUAUUAAAUACUCCUGCACUUGAGGGUGUUUUUACGCCACUAGAAGUGGGCGGUGCUCUAUUUGCAGCCUGUAUUCACGAUGUUGAUCAUCCUGGUCUAACUAAUCAAUUUUUAGUUAAUUCAAGUUCCGAAUUAGCCUUAAUGUAUAAUGACGAAUCUGUUUUGGAAAAUCAUCAUUUAGCUGUUGCCUUUAAAUUAUUGCAAAAUCAAGGAUGUGAUAUAUUCUGUAAUAUGCAAAAGAAACAACGCCAAACAUUAAGAAAAAUGGUUAUUGAUAUUGUACUAUCAACUGACAUGUCCAAACAUAUGAGCCUUUUGGCCGAUUUAAAAACUAUGGUAGAAACGAAAAAGGUAGCAGGAUCUGGUGUACUACUGCUGGACAAUUACACAGAUCGUAUACAGGUUCUUGAAAAUCUUGUCCAUUGUGCCGAUUUAAGUAAUCCCACUAAACCCUUGCCACUCUACAAACGCUGGGUUAGUCUACUAAUGGAAGAGUUCUUUUUGCAAGGCGAUAAAGAACGUGAAUCGGGCAUGGAUAUUAGUCCAAUGUGUGAUCGUCAUAAUGCUACGAUUGAAAAGUCGCAGGUCGGCUUUAUUGAUUAUAUUGUACAUCCACUCUGGGAAACUUGGGCCGAUUUGGUGCAUCCAGAUGCUCAAGAUAUAUUAGAUACGCUUGAAGAGAAUAGAGACUAUUAUCAGAGUAUGAUACCACCAUCACCACCACCAUCACAGGCCGAUGAACAGCCAGCUAACGAGGAUAAAAUAAGGUUUCAGGUAACCCUUGAAGAGUCCGAUCAAGAAAAUUUAGCUGAACUAGAAGAAGCUGAUGAAACAGCGGCCGAACGAGGUGAUGAUGAUGUCGCCAACAACUCCUUGACCACAACGGGUGAAAAUAAACCGUCGGGGAGUCAAAAUCAAUCUCAUCACGCUGGAAUGUGACGGAGAGUCGUGGGACUAUGCCGAAAAAUUACAGAAAAGGCGCAAAAUUUUUUGCUAAUACGUUAGUGACUUUAAAACAAAAAAACACAUAAAAACAAACAAAAAAAAAACUUUAAAAAGCUUAAAAAUAACAAAUUUACUAGAAAAAAAAAAAUUAUUCAAAAAAAAUCCUCCAAAAAAAUAUAUAAA